AGCGCGCCGACAUAACGGCAGAGUUUGCGCGAUCAGAGUUCAGACGUUAUUUUUUCGUGCUGCAACCAAGUUCUCGAGCGCCAGCGAACAAUUACCGUUUCUGACCUUUUAAUUCCACGGCAAAAUAGUUUUAUCCACUUCCUGCUUAUUUUCCUGAAAGUUAUCACUCUAUACCGGAACCAUGCGUGAAUGUAUCUCUGUGCACGUCGGACAAGCUGGAGUCCAGAUUGGUAACGCUUGUUGGGAACUGUACUGCUUGGAACAUGGCAUUCAGCCCGACGGUCAAAUGCCGUCGGACAAGACCAUUGGCGGUGGCGAUGAUUCGUUCAACACCUUCUUCAGUGAGACGGGAGCUGGAAAACACGUUCCGCGUGCCGUCUUCGUCGAUCUGGAACCAACCGUCAUCGACGAAAUCCGCACUGGUACCUAUCGUCAACUGUUCCACCCUGAGCAGCUGAUCACUGGCAAGGAAGAUGCGGCCAACAACUACGCCCGAGGACACUACACUGUCGGGAAAGAAAUUGUCGAUUUGGUGCUGGAUCGCAUCCGCAAGCUGGCUGAUCAGUGCACCGGUCUGCAGGGCUUUUUGAUCUUCCAUAGUUUUGGCGGUGGCACUGGUUCUGGAUUCACUUCCUUGCUGAUGGAACGAUUGUCUGUUGAUUACGGGAAGAAAUCCAAGCUGGAGUUCUCUGUCUAUCCCGCUCCUCAGGUGAGCACCGCUGUUGUCGAGCCAUAUAACAGCAUCUUGACUACUCAUACUACACUGGAGCACUCUGACUGCGCGUUCAUGGUGGAUAACGAAGCAAUUUACGACAUCUGCCGCCGAAACUUGGAUAUCGAGCGUCCUACUUACACCAAUUUGAACCGUUUGAUUGGCCAGAUUGUGUCUUCUAUCACUGCUUCCCUGCGUUUCGAUGGAGCUUUGAACGUCGAUCUUACGGAAUUCCAAACAAACUUGGUGCCAUAUCCUCGUAUUCAUUUUCCACUGGUUACUUACGCUCCAAUCAUUUCCGCUGAGAAGGCCUAUCACGAACAGUUGACGGUUUCAGAGAUUACCAACGCUUGCUUUGAACCUGCCAACCAAAUGGUCAAAUGUGAUCCUCGUCAUGGAAAGUACAUGGCUUGUUGCAUGCUGUACCGCGGUGAUGUGGUGCCAAAGGAUGUCAAUGCUGCUAUUGCGGCUAUCAAGACCAAGCGCACCAUCCAGUUCGUUGACUGGUGCCCCACAGGAUUCAAGGUGGGCAUUAAUUACCAACCUCCCACUGUGGUUCCUGGAGGCGAUCUGGCUAAAGUACAGCGCGCUGUGUGCAUGCUGAGCAACACGACGGCUAUUGCCGAAGCUUGGGCUCGUUUGGACCACAAGUUUGACUUAAUGUAUGCCAAGCGUGCCUUCGUUCACUGGUACGUCGGAGAAGGUAUGGAGGAAGGUGAAUUCAGUGAGGCACGCGAAGAUCUGGCUGCGCUGGAGAAGGACUACGAAGAAGUCGGAGUGGACUCUGUCGAAGGAGAGGGUGAAGGAGAAGGCGAAGAAGUUUAAAUUACAGUACGGAAUUUAGCAUUCUCCGAUUCGCUCGUCAUUCUUUUUCUCGGUUUAUCUAGCCAUUUUUUGGUCCUACAGUUUUGCUGUAAUCUCGCAAAUCAUUUCCACCUAAAUCUCAGUUUGUAUGUAGUAAUAUGUUCCUGGCUUUGUCUUCCCGUCGUUAGCGUGCUUUAUGUUCGUCCUUUAGAAUUCGAAAUUAUUUUGUGGACGUGUUGGUUUUGUACCGUACGAAAUUAAGUUUU